CAUUGUGCGAUACCCUGGUAUAACGUUGUUCGCAGUGAAAUAUUUCUUAGUUGUGUGCUCGUAGACUUAUUCCUAUGACAGUUCUAAAACGAUUAAGCUAAUGGCUUGAAGUAGAAAUCUAGACUGUAGUGAAUCACUUUUACAUGACCUUGCGUGGAUGAGAUUAUGUAAUAGUAUAAUUAUCAAUUUAGCUGAAUGUUACUCGUCGCAAACUUUUUGCUUCUAGAACUAUGACUUUACAUCGAUUGCUGUCAUAGUGACUAACGAAUGGGAAGACAACUCUACGAGCAAGAUUUUUAAUUAGCAACUAAAGAUACAUGGAAGCUCUUACCAGAAGUCCAAACAUGUGAACUCUACAAUAAAUCCUUUUCUUCUAAGAGAAACAGUAGAAGGUCCUCCAGAAAAUGAAAGAAUUUAAAUUAGAAUCACCUCCGGAAGCUGAGCGAAUUUUCUCAAGCAGUAUCACAUGUUAAUAGAAAAAGAAACCGUAGCAGAGAGGUUCACUUUCCUAUCGUUGGAGAGCAACUGGAAAAGCUUUUCUUCGCCUUCAUCAAACACGUGUGGUGUAUUUGACGACGAUAAGCAGAAAUCCUGGAUGUACUCAAUGUGAAAAUGGUAAUGACACGCAUACAUGUCAAAGGAGAUGUAAGAAUAGUAUCGUACACUAGAGUAGCCCAUCAGAGCCGAUUGCCAGGUAUUACCGGGGAGAUGAAAUGAGGCUCCGUCUAAAUCAUAGAAGUCACCUUGUAAAAUUUUUUCUCAAUGAAGAAUCGGAUCGUCGUGAAACUCGCUUUGUUAGAAGAACGUUUCGACAAGUGGUCUUUCAAAACAACCCUAAUAUGCGCUACAAUACUUGGGAUGAAAUUACUGAUCUGCGAAGCACCGCACUGGAUGUAUUCAAAGUCCUGGAUCGAGAACUAUCGAUUGACGAUACAGUUAGGUUUACCCUGGCAACCUUUCCCUGCAGAGUACACGAUGAAGACGCACAAAAUUGGAAUUGUAGAGAGAUCUCCGGAAUUUAGUGAAAAAAUGUUAUACAAUUAUAAAAAAUCGUUUGCACAUUUAUCGAAUUAUGAGAAAACUGUCAUCGAUGGAGAAGGCUACGAGUAUAGUGGAAAAGCAAUGUCAGACAUGAUCACUAUUUUAAAACACAAUAUGCCAAAUGUUCUUCCAAGCGUCCGAAUUGAUUUUGUCCUGUUGGACAAAAUUCCAAACAAUGGCACCAGCUUCAUCGGGCUACUGAAUAACCCCAAAACCGAUCGGUAUAUCAGCUUUUAUAGUGCUUUAAAAAAUUAUAAACAAGAUCCAGUAGCAUUUAAAUUUGUUCUCUGUGGAAAUUAUGAGAGAAAAGACAUGUUAUCCAAGGGUUACAUGGAAGUAUUGCUCGGAGAAGACCCAAAACUUAAAGAAUCCAACAACACGUUUAAAGCAUUGGUUAACGAUCCAUACUUUUAUGACAUAAUUUUAGAGUCGAUUUUGUUAGAUGGAAAAGCUAUUACUAAAUCCUGCAGAGAAUUGAAUAUCAAAGGAGUCAGAUUAGAAAAUACAGUGCCUGGAAUUUAUCUACCCAUUAGAAUUUAUUCAAACGUCAUAGACAUUCUCCAUGAGUUUGCAGAAAGACACAAUCUGCUACCUGAAUUGAGAAUCUGGGAGACGGACAGAGAGAAGUGCUUUGAAAAUCCUAUAAACUGGGAUAUCGUACCAAACAUGACACUAACCUUGUUUUCUGCAGAAAGAAACGUAUUUUCAAUUUCAUAUUCAGGGAACAGCCUUAUCCAGCGGUACUAUACAACUACCAAUUACAAUACGUUUUGCUAUAUCUUUGCUAUUUGCAAUCACAGCGACGAAAGGAUAAUAUUGGGAAGAGCAGCAUUCGAAGGUUUGAAAGUAGUUUUAAAUCGAUCGGGAAAUAGUGUUUCGUUAUCAGAACAGAACUCUUGUGGUCCGAAAGUUAGAUUGAAUAAUCUAAGUGGAUCAGUAAAAAUGUCACUCUGCCUCACGGAUGAAGGAGUAACCAAUAAUUCUUGGAUUUGGUUGCUGACUGGAAUAGCUGGAGUAGGAUUGCUUUCUUAUAUACGAGGAUGGCCAAAAUCCCCUAAUCAACAAUGGAGUAAACAACCGAUAGUUAGAAUAUUUUUACCACAAAGUAGAAACAAGGAGAAGCAGAAACAGGAGGGAAAUGUUAAAGAAAAUAAUAUGAGGCUCCAAGACCAAACAAAGAAACAGAUAAUUUGCUACAAAGAAACCUAAUCCUGACUAAAUUUACUAGCUCUAAGCUGAACGUAAUUAUUAUUACUCUUCUGCUAUAUACUUGUACUUCCGUGUCGUAGG